AUGUCUCCCCGCUGGCCUCCAUUCUUGCUGGUGGCCUGUGUGCUGGUGCUGCUGCCGCUGAGGACCCCCGCAGCCCCGGCCCAGCCCACCUACCCUGGCGACGAUGCACCCGUCGAGGACCUGCUGCGCUUCUACAAUGACCUGCAGCAGUACCUGAACGUCGUGACACGCCCCCGGUAUGGGAAGCGGGCAGGUGGGCACGUGCUGGGUGAGGAGCCCUUAGGUGCUGCAGGGUGCUGA